AUGCUUCAUGGUUUUGCUUCAAGGCGUCUCUUUUCAGCCUUCCCAUAUUUUCAUUCUCCGAAACUGUCCGACCCUUCAAUUUUCAGCCGUCGGAUCUCUAUUACCCACCACCGGCAAGGUCCAAACCCAUACCAAAUCAGCCAGUUCCCUGGCACCCACAUUGAGCUUCUUGAUUUUUUCGACCACUUUCUUCAACAAUGCAUUACCAUUCAACAACUCAAACAAAUCCACACCCAAAUCAUAUUCGGCGGCUCAUUGCAGUCCGGGUUCUUGGCCGCUAGACUCGUAUCAAUCUACGCUAUGUUCGGAAUUCUCACUGAUGCCCGAGAUGUAUUUGAAAACACCUCGACUGGAUGCAAUUCAAACUUGCUUCUUUGGAAUUCAAUUCUGAGGGCUAAUGUCACAUACGGGGAAUAUGAAGAGACCCUCAGUCUUUAUCGUCGAAUGCGAAAUCUUGGGAUUUGGGCUGAUGGGUUUACUUUCCCGUUGGUUAUAAGGGCUUGUGCUAUGUUGGGUGAUUCUAAGUUGUGCGAGAAUGUUCAUUGCCAUGUCUUACAAAUGGGUUUUCAAAAUCACCUUCAUGUGGUGAAUGAACUGUUGGUAAUGUAUGGGAAGCUUGGGCAAAUGGGUGAAGCGAGUAAACUGUUCGAUAGAAUGGUUGUUAGAAGCCAAAUUUCUUGGAAUACCAUGGUUUCCGGUUUUGCGAUUAAUCAUGAUUGUCAUGGUGCUUUUGAUAUGUUUCAGAAAAUGGAAUUUGAAGGGUGUGAACCCAAUCCUGUGACAUGGACAUCAUUGUUGUCAAGUCAUACUAGGUGUGGGCUUCAUGAAGAAACUUUGCAAUUGUAUGUUGUGAUGAGAAACAAAUGUAUUGGGGCUACCGGUGAAGCAGUAGCGGUGGUUAUAUCGGUUUGUGUAAAUUUGGGUUUGUUCAAUAAGGGUGUUGCAGUCCACGGAUAUGUUAUAAGGGGUGGCUUUCAAAACUACUCAAUUGUGAAAAACUCACUUAUAUGUUUGUAUGGGAAACGUGGAGCUGCAAAAGAUGCAGAAACUUUGUUCUCAGAAAUGGAAUCAAAGAAUUUAGUGACUUGGAAUGCUUUGAUAUCAUCAUAUGCUGAAUCUGGUUUAUGUGAUGAGGCUUUUGCCGUAUUCUCCCAGUUGCAGAUGUUAGAUGGGUAUACAGUGUUGAGACCCAGUGUGGUAAGUUGGAGUGCUAUUAUUGGUGCAUUUGCUUCCAAGGGGAGAUUUGACGAAUCUUUGGAACUAUUUCGGAAAAUGCAGGUGGCUGGAGUGACGGCCAAUUCUGUUACGAUUUCCAGUGUUUUAUCAAUUUGCGCAGAGUUGCCAGCACUGAGACUUGGUCAGGAAAUCCAUGCUUUUGUUGUAAGAGGUUUAAUGGAUAUUAACGUCCUGGUGGGAAAUGGCUUGAUAAAUAUGUAUACAAAAUGUGGUAGUCUCAAGGAAGGGCAUUUAGCAUUUGAGAAAAUAGAUGGUCGAGAUUUAAUCUCCUGGAACACGAUGAUUGCAGGGUAUGGGAUGCAUGGACUUGGUGAAAAUGCUGUGAGAACUUUUGACCAGAUGACUGAAGCUGGAUAUAAGCCAGAUGGGGUUACUUUUGUUGCUGUUCUUUCAGCAUGUAGUCAUGUGGGGCUUGUUACUGAGGGUCGUAAACUUUUUGAUCAGAUGACAAGAGAGUUUAGAAUUGAACCCCAGGUGGAGCACUAUGCUUGCAUGGUUGAUCUUCUUGGUCGUGCUGGGUUUCUGCAAGAAGCAAGUGACAUUGUGAAACGCAUGCCAAUGGAACCCAAUGAUUAUGUCUGGGGAACUCUCCUGAACUCGUGUAGGAUGUAUAAAAAUACAGUGGUUGCCGAAGAUACUGCUUCUCAGAUUUUUGGUCUGAGCUCUGAGAUGACUGGGAGUUACAUGUUGCUCUCAAAUUUAUAUGCUGCAAGUGGGAGAUGGAAGGAUUCGGCAAGGAUAAGACUCUCAGCAAAGACAAGGGGUUUGAAGAAAAUCCCUGGGCAGAGUUGGAUUGAGGUGAAGAAGAAGGUAUGUAUGUUCUCCGCAGGGCAUGCAGUGCAAAUGGGGAUGGAUGAGAUUUAUAGGAUACUUGAAACUCUUAGUCUGCACGUGGAGAUGGAGGGGUAUGUGCCUGAUAGUAUUUUUCUGCGGCAAAACAUAGAUCUAGAAGAAAUAUGCAUAUCAGAGGUGUGA